AUGGAAAAAAGCAGUUUCCAGCAGGCAGAACUGGAGAAGAGCAGACCUCCCAAGAGGCCUGCUCCCAAAAGAAUGAUCCAUUUUGUUGAUGGAGACGUCAUGGAGGAAUAUAGCACCGAGGAAGAGGAGGGGGAAGGACAUAGGACGAGUCCAACCCUCGACCCCUCUAAACUCUCAUGGGGGCCCUACCUGUGGUUUUGGGCAGGGCGAAUAGCAAGUUUGUCAUUUUCUGCCUGUGACUUCCUCGGUGGGAGAGUUGCUGUCUUCUUUGGUCUUAAUCAACCCAAAUAUCAGUAUAUGUUAAAUGAAUAUUACAGAAUGCAAAAUAAGGAAAGUGACAAGGCCAGCCAAGGGCACGGAUCAAAGGCCCAGCCAUCCACAGUUCCUAAUGAGAUGUGUCACCUGAAAGCUGGAGGCCCUGAGUAUGGAACCAGACACCAGGACAGCACAGAGGGCGGCCCUCCGGGGACAACCCCAUCCGGGGAGGAUCUGACUGCAGAUUCCAGCUCCUCACGGGAAUGA